CUCGAUCUCAUAAUUAAACGCUUCUUCAGGGGGCGGGGAGCUGCCAGAGACCGUUGUCACACAUAGUUAUCUAGCCCAAACAGUCGUACACCUAUUCGCGACCUCGCCGCACCACGGCUGAGAGGUUAUUCUGAAUGGAACCGUGAGAAAUGGCAGCAAAAGACGAUCUCUACUCCAAAGUUAUCCCGCGGAGACUUCGGCAGAAUCGACAGGGCACUGUGAAAUGUGGAUCAAAUUUGGACGUCCUACUAUCGAUGGGCUUUCCCAAAGCCAGGGCACUGAAAGCCCUUGUUUCAACAGGAGGCAGGAGUGUACAGGUAGCAUGUGACUGGUUGUUUUCCCAUGUGGAUGACCCGUUCCUGGAUGAGCCACUUCCCAGGGAGUACGUGCUGUACUUGCGGCCCAGCGGACCGCUCCAGAACCAGCUGUCCCACUUCUGGGAGCAGAGCCGGGUCACCUGCGGCAGGAACAAGGCCCACAACAUCUUCCCCCACAUCACGCUCUGCCAGUUCUUCAUGUGUGCUGACCAGAGGGUGGAGGCUCUGGGGCAGGCCCUCCAGGCCACCGUGGGCCAGUGGCGUGGGCGUUUCCCCUCCCCCCUACCCCUGGAACUCUACUCCUCCCCCUCCUUCAUCGGCCUCUUCGUCCAGGAGGCAGUUGCUGACGUCAUGAGGCAGUUUGCCGCUGACUUCUCUACAGAGGCUGCCAGGAAGGCAGAUGUGCUAGUGGAGCCACACAGGAAACAGCUCCAUGUGACGCUGGCAUACCACUUCCCAGCCAAUCAGCUUCCAGUCCUGGAGAGACUGGCCAAGGGCAUCGAGGUUAAGUUGGGCUGUGAUUGGCUAGCUGUCCUCCUCUCCCGGGACAUACGAUUUGCCAAUCAUGAGACGGUGAGGGUCAUGUACCCCUACGUCCCCCAGAAUGAGGAUGAGCUGGAGUUGCUUCCUGGCGACUUCAUCUUCACGUCUGCCCUGGAGCAGGGUGGGGCCAGUGAGGGCUGGGUCCUGGGAUCCUCUCUGGCCUCAGGGCUGUCCGGCCUGCUGCCAGAAAACUAUGUCAGCCCUGCAGAUGAGAGUGACACCUGGACACUACACGGGUCCUACUCCUUCUUCGAUAGGGAGGUCUCCUCCUCUGACAGAGUCAGCAGGGACAGAGCAUCGUUUGAUGGACAGCUGGACACCCGUCGCCUUGACAAUGGCAGCCCCGAGGAAAUGCCCACACUGAGCCUCAUCUGCCAUCCCAUGCAGGCACUGCGUAUUAGCAGUAAUCACUCGCGCCAGGCCAAGAGGACCCUGCUGGUCUGUCGCCACGGCGAGAGGAUGGACGUGGUGUUUGGAAAACACUGGCUUUCUCUCUGCUCUGACAAUACAGGUAGAUAUGUGCGCUCCAACCUGAAUAUGCCCCCCAGCCUGCCCCUCUGGGGGGAGCAGAGAGACUACAACAUGGAUGCUCCCAUCACAGUUCUCGGUUCCACACAGGCGGCUGUCGUUGGAGCAGCAUUGUUGGAGAGUAACACAGUUAUCGACCAUGUGUACUGUUCUCCCUCCCUGCGCUGUGUGCAGACAGCUCACAACAUCAUUAAGGGACUGCAGCAGGAAGGAAGGCUGAGGGUCCGGGUGGAGCCAGGCCUGUUUGAAUGGACCAAGUGGGUUUCAGGGAGCGCUCUCCCUGAAUGGAUCAGCCCCAGUGACCUGACAGCACACUACUGUGUAGACACAGGCUACAGACCUCUAUUCCCAGCCUCCCAGCUCCGUGUGUCUGAGUCCUAUGACAGCUAUGUGAGCCGCAGCUACCAGGUCACCAAGGACAUCCUGGCAGCCUGCAAGAACACAGGCAGAGGGGUUCUGCUGGUGGCUCACGCGUCCUCCCUGGAGGCCUGUACGCGCCAGCUGCGGGGGCGGAGUCCACAGAAUGCCAAGGACUUCAUACAAGUGGUCAGAAAGGUUCCGUACCUAGGCUUGUGUUCAUGUGAGGAGCAGGGAGACACAGGAGUGUGGCAGUUGGUGGCCCCGCCCAUCCCACCUCUCACUCAUGGACCCAACCACAGCUUCGACUGGAGGGAGGCACUGCUGCAGGAAUGAGACAUUGCUGAAAAGCCACCAGGGCCUAAAACGACUUUAACUAACAGUGUUUCUAUGUGCAGUUUAUGAAAUGAAUGUUACAGGAGUUUUUGGGGGGGAUCCAGCAAAUAUAGAAGUAUGUUAUUAUGUCAGGGCUACUCCAGGAUUAUGUCAGGGUUAUGACAUUUUUAUGUCAGGCGAUGUCAGGACUAUGUCAGGGUUAUGAUAUUUUCAUAUCAGGCCUGUGUCAGAUCUAUGUGAGGACUAAUUCAGGCCUGUGUCAGGACUAUGUGAGGACUAAUUCAGGCUGUGUCAGGACUAUGUCAGGGCUCAAGCUGGACUGUGAGCAGGUCUGCAUUGCUACUGAAGAGCUGUUCCUCCUAAUGUCUCAUCUGCCAGCCGUUACUGAGGUGGUGAUCACCUAGAGGAGGUCAAGGUCAGGUGCCAAGAGCAUAAAGUUAAUGUAUUUAUUUGUAGCAUAGUGGGUGGAUGUAAAUGGCUGUCUCAGGUGCUGAUUGGUUGAAAACCAAGCUGCCUCAGGUGCUGAUUGGUUGAUAACCAAGCUGCCUCAAAUUCUGAUUGGUGGAUGACAAAACUGCCUCAGGGGUUCUGCUUGACAGAUAAUGUCUGAGUGCCUCAUCAUGCUAGCUUAAGCUAUUAACUCAGAGUGGUGAUAUGUGUGUGUGAGUGUGUGUGAGUGUGUGUGAGAGUGUGUGUGUUUGUGAGAGUGUGUGAGUGUGUGUGAGAGUGUGCUUAGCCCCAGCAGACAGUCUCUGGGCUAUGACCCACUUCAAUUCAACUGAAGAGCUUUACUGUCUUAUUUAUUGUGCAUUGAUGUAGGUUAUGCUGUAUGAUAUUAUUCACUUUCAUGUUGAGCCUCCUUGCUAUAAGUUAAUGUUGCAGAAAUAUGGCAAUAAGAUAACGGUGUAUUUUCAGACAUCCACAUUUAAAUAAAUAUACACAUCUAACUUU